AUGGAGAAACCAUCAACGACCCAUUCAAAACGGUGCAACAAUCAGCUCUGGUUAGUGGUUCUGGCCUCCUUUCUCCUAUGCCUGGUCUUGCUUUGCUUCGAUUUCUCUGCUUUACCGGAACAACGAAAUGGGAUCACACCCGCGAUUGGCAGCCAUUACCAGAACCCUACCGUCCUUACUCAGAAGCCAGAAACUCUGGCUCAGAAGGGCAAUGCGGAAGAGGUGGAGAAGGAGAAGGUAAUCGCCGAUUCCUGUUGGGGGAAGUACGUUUACAUUCAGGAAAUCCCGGCUAGGUUUAACCAGGAAUUGCUCGAUAAUUGUGGAUCUGUUACUCCAGGAACUGAACACAACAUGUGCCCUUACUUGGUUAAUGAUGGGUUGGGUCCUUCGAUUGAGGACUCCACUGGGGUUUUGUCGAACGGUAGUGGUAGUUGGUACUUGACGAAUCAGUUCAUACUGGAAGUGAUUUUCCACAACAGGAUGAAGAAUUACAGCUGUCUGACUAAUGAUUCAUCACUUGCAUCUGCCAUCUACAUUCCUUACUAUGCGGGGCUCGAUCUCAGUAGAUUUCUAUGGGGGUAUGGUGCCACAGUGAGGGAUCAAUCAGGGUUUGAACUUCUGAAGUUGCUGGUUGAGAAGCCCGAGUGGAAGAGAAUGUGGGGGAGGGAUCAUUUCAUGGUUGCUGGGAGGAUAUCGUGGGAUUUCAGGAGAAAAACGGAUGAAGAAUCUGACUGGGGAAGCAAGCUUAGGUUUCUCCCGGAAUCAGACAACAUGUCGAUGCUCGCUAUCGAGUCGAGUUCGUGGAACAAUGAUUAUGCAAUUCCAUACCCGACUUGCUUCCACCCUUUGAACCAAAAUGGGCUUUCGGAGUGGCAGGAGAAAUUGAGAAGGCAGAAAAGGGACUACUUGUUCUCUUUCGCUGGUGCUCCAAGGUCCGACCUCAAUGCUUCACUUCGUGGCAGGAUCUUUGAGGAAUGCCAAGGUUCAAACAACUUGUGCAAGUUGUUGGAGUGCAGCUACGGCGAAAAGGGCGCCAUCACUUGCAACAAUCCUGUGAAUGUGAUGACGGUGUUUGAGAAUUCAGUUUUUUGCUUGCAGCCUCCAGGCGAUUCAUACACGAGAAGAUCAACGUUUGAUGCAAUCUUGGCAGGGUGCAUCCCGGUCUUCUUUCACCCUGGAACGGCUUAUGCACAGUAUAAGUGGCAUUUGCCGGAUGAUUUCAUGAGGUACUCUGUGUUUAUCCCACUGGAGCAUGUUGAGGAAUGGAGAGCUGGUGUUGUCAACCAGACGUUGCUGCAGAUACCAGCGGAGAAGGUGGUGGCCAUGAGAGAGCAGGUGAUAAGGCUGAUUCCGAGGGUGAUAUAUGCAGAUUCCAGGUCUGAAUCAGGGCCAGGUUUCGAGGACGCGUUUGAUUUGGCUGUGAAGGGAAUCCUGGAGAGAAUUGAGAGAGUUAGGAAGGAUGUUAGGGAAGGGAAGGAUCCUGCUAUUGGUUUUGCUGAAGGGGAUGAUUUCAAAUACACAUUCUCCAAGUAUGUAGAUAAGAGCAAGAUAUUGAAUGAGGAUCCUCCAGUUUCCUCAGUUGACUAG